UUUAGUCUCUUGACAGUCUAGGAGAAUAGUGUAGGUAGUACAAGAAAAGAUAGUGUCUCUUGUAAAAAUGCGUAAAGUAAUACAGCAUCUAAAGCUAUGUAGAAAUGCUGCGGGUAAAUACGUCCCAUUUAAGAAAUCUCUCGCCGUAUCAGUUUUCAUAGCUGCAGUGUUAGUUGGUCUUGCCUAUGUCGAGCUAAUGCACAAAGAAUCAAUAUCCCCGACUGUGGAACGUUCUAAGAAAGCUGUGAAGUCAUGCGGACCCGUGAGUCUGUCAGCGAAGAAUUUUCCUCUCUCAACACUUGUGAGUUUCCCAGGCUCCGGAAACACCUGGCUCAGGUUUCUAAUUCAAGAGGCUACAGGUGUCUUAACAGGGAGUGAAUACAACAACGGAAAUCUAGCAUCGAAAGGAUUUCUUGGCGAAGGUGUGGUUAAUGAAUCGACAAUCCUCGUCAAAACUCACCGGUAUAACCCCGUUACACUUCAAAGAUACGAAAAAGCUGUGCUGCUCAUCCGCCAUCCUUACGAAGCUAUCAAAGCCGAGUUUAACCGACAAAACGGUGGUGGAAGAAAAUUUAAUACUACAAAGGAUUCAAUUGAGAAAAACUGGCCAUCGUAUUACUCUAUGCGCCAGUUGGACUGGGUUCGAUUCCAUAAAACUUGGCGGACGUACAGGAGACCUCUACUGGUCGUUAUGAAUAAGGAUCUUGUCCAGCAGACCGGUGUCAAGUUGAGAGAAAUACUCACAUUUUUAAAGGUUGACAUAAACGAGGAACGACUAAACUGCGCCAUCGCAAACGGUAACACGACGCGGCGACCCACGUCAUCACUUCACCUGCCUGACCUGACAAGUAACAACCAAUCCGUGGAAGCGAUGUUUCAGAAUGUUAUGAACAUCUUCAACAUUUCUUCACCACUAAGUGCCGGAAUCGAAACCUAGGCAAAAAAAAACUAUACACAUUUCCAUGAAUUUAUUUUUACAUUUUAGGCUAUGUCUAAAUUAGCUGCAAGUUGCUUGGUUUCUAAUGAUAUUGAUGCAAAUUUCAAUCACAUUAAAACUAUUUAAUCAUUAUUCUUUAUACAUGCUUCAUAAUUAAUAAGAGAAAACAAUACACAGUAUUUAUAAUUUGUAUUUAUUUGCAUUCGUAUGAAAUUAAAGUGCAGAGAGUAUUCGCAUCACACUUCAUUUUGUAAAAUCCUUCGUUAUAAA